UUGUUUCGCAGUGCGCCUACGUCGAUGAACCCUGGUGUUGAUGACAUGGUCGGUUGUGGUCUGUGAUUGAGAAGAAAGAAAGGAAGGAAGGAAGGAAGAAAGCAAGCCAGCUCAGGGUCUUCCGCUGUCUCAGACCCGAGUGUUGGACUCGCCCUCGCCCUCUCACUCCCGCAUGUGGAUCGGCACGACGCUCGACUUGCGCUCUGUCCGUUGAUUCCACCAAGCUUUUCUUUCCAAGUUAUCAAGCCACUUCAAUUCGACAUCCUGCUCCCGAUCUGAGGAAGGAGCUUGCAACCAUGGCGAGCAUGCAACAGCUGCAGGAUGAGAUCGAGGUCGGCAUCAUUGGUAUGGGGGACAUGGGACGGUUGUAUGCUACGAAGCUCGCUGCCGCAGGUUGGAGGGUCAAUGUAUGCGAUCGUCCAGAGAACUUCGAGACGCUCCGCAGCGACUUCAAGGACACUCCCUCGCUCAAUGUCUUCCGUGAUGGCCAUCUCGUAGCUCGGCGCAGCGACCUCAUAGUCUAUUCAGUCGAGGCAGCCCUAAUCGACAAGGUGGUCGAGCAGUACGGCCCUUCAACGAAGCUAGGCGCCAUCGUGUCUGGUCAGACAUCAGUCAAGGCUCCCGAGCACAAAGCCUUCGAGGCACAUCUGCCGGCGGAUACUUACAUUGUCUCAUGUCAUUCUCUCCACGGCCCAAAAGUAGACACGCAGGGCCAGCCUCUCGUCCUCAUCCAGCAUCGAGCUCCCGACGAGAAGUUGCGACUCGUCGAGCAAGUCUUCUCCUGCUUCCAGUCGCGCUACGUUUACCUCUCGUACCAAGAGCACGACGUCGUGACCGCCAAUACGCAGGCAAUGACGCACGCCGCCUUCCUAGCAAUGGGCACAGCCUGGCGCUGCAGCGGGGACUAUCCCUGGGAGACGGACCGCUACCCUGGUGGGAUUGAGACGGUCAAGAUCAACAUCAUGAUUCGGAUCUUGUCGGCCAAAUGGCACAUCUAUGCUGGUCUGGCGAUUCUGAACCCCUCGGCGAGGGUGCAGGUGACCCAGUAUGCCAAGAGUGCGUCGGAUCUGUUUAAGAUGAUGUUGCUGGGUGAGGAGGAGGCGAUGCAGCGACGGGUCUUUGAGGCCAGAAGGAAAGUGUUCGGGUGGGCGGAUCACGAGUACGAAGAUGGCGUCGCUCCCAAUGGCGAGGCAGCUUCAGGCGUAGAGGUGGUAGCACCGCCUGUUGCAGGGCCAUCAUCCUCAUCCUCAAUGCAGCCGGCAGCACAGCGACGCACUUCUCGCAAGCCCUUCCUCAUGAGCGACACGCUCCUAGACCGAUUCCACCUCGCAGCACGCAAGGCACUGGGCGAUGGCGAAGAGCCUUCAGCUCCUCCACCGCGACCACCAAAUUCUCAUCUCUCCCUGCUAGCCAUCGUCGACUGCUGGGCAACACUUGGUAUCGAUCCCUAUGCCCACCUGGAGCUAGCAGCCACUCCCGUCUUCCGCAUGUGGAUUGGUGUCUCCGAGUAUCUCUUCCGCUCCCCUACCCGUCUCCGCCAAGCCAUCAAAGCAGGCAUAGAGGACACGACCUUCCGCAGCGAUGACACUGAGUUCGUGGUCGCCGCAAGAGGUUGGGCAGAAGCGGUGCAGUUUGGCAACUUUGCCCACUACGAGUGGAGAUUCAAGGAUACGGCCUCAUUCUUCCAGCCGAGAUUCGAUGAGGCUAACAAGGUGGGGACGGAGAUGUUGAAGGUGUUGACUGCUUGAGGCGGGGAGGGAUCGUGAACAGACAACGGACGGGGGAGAGGCACGUCAGGCAAAGGGAACGUCUAUUUGUUGGGUCCUUGUCAUCAAUGAACAAUCCACAUUCAACCACCCCGCCAU